CUUUCAAUCUUUACCAUCACAACAAACAAAACAAAACAAAACAAAACUUCCAGAAUCAAAAGAACCCUCGUCGUCGUCUUGGCUUUGAAUUUCAACCUUUAGGGUAACCUUCUUUGUAACCGUCCCAAACCACCGACGGAACCUUCAACCGCCUCACAGUGGGGUAUUUGCUAUGGGAGAUAUUGAGGAGGAGAUGUCGACGCCGGUGCCGAGGGAUGCGAAGAUUAUUGAGUCUUUGUUGAAAUCGAUGGGGGUAGAAGAAUAUGAACCUCGUGUUAUUCAUAAAUUUCUUGAGUUGUGGUAUCGGUAUGUUGUUGAUGUGUUGACGGAUGCUCAAGUGUAUUCAGAGCAUGCUAGCAAGUCUGCAAUUGAUGUUGAUGAUGUUAAGCUUGCCAUUCAAACACAGGCUAACUUUAGCUUCUCACAACCACCCCCUCGUGAGGUGCUCCUUGAGCUAGCUAAAAUCCGCAACAAGAUAUCAUUACCAAAGUCUCUAGCACCUGGCAUUCCACUUCCGCCUGAUCAGGACACAUUAAUCAGUCCCAACUACCAGUUUGCAUUUCCAAACAAAAGGUCCGCCGAACCUAUAGAAGAAACCGAGGAGGAAGAACCUGCCAACGCUGACCCCAACCCGUCCCAAGAAGAAAAGACAGACGCCCAACAAAAUCCAACUCAAAGAGUGUCGUUUCCUUUGCCCAAACGCCAAAAGGAUUGAUCUCAAUCCGCAUAUGUCUCCUAACCAAUAUGUAACACAACACAAAUUUUAGAGUACAUGGAUCACCAGCGCGGCGAUACUAUUCAUCAUACUAUUAAUGUGUAUGGUGGUUACUCAGUGAAUUUGAAAAUCGAAUCUUUGCUUAUAAUAGUGUGUGGAGAGUGUCCACUGAGUUGUAAUAGAUGCAUAUAGUAUGUACUAUUGGUUUUGUUGUGCAAUAAUUUGUGUGAUAUAAUAAUUCCGUCUUAUGUAUUGAUGAUUGGUGAUUGAUUGGCAAAGAGGACUCUAUUGGGACCCUUUACCACAAAACCAUCACUUAGAAGAUAGGAGGCCCCUAUAGUUGAGGAGCACUCUACUGUAGAAUGGUACUUGCUGUGGCCAAACAUGUCUUUACUAGAACUACUUCUAUGGUGGGGAAGUGUUGCAUAUUUUUUCAUUUUUGAUAAUCAUUCAAAACUUUACUUAAA